AUAGUUUUACAUUGAGAGAUUCCGUCACAAAGCUUUAAAAAAGGAAAACUUUUAGUUCGAUAAAAAAAUAUACAUAUAUACAUAUUUCUUAGAUCCUUUCUACCGUCAGUUGUUCGCACGCAUCCAACAUGGAUGAAGAUGAAGAGCUCAUACACGUACAAUCGCUUCAAGAGACCACCCCCGAUGCAAUUGCACAAAACCUAAAAAAGAUCGAAGGUGUAAUGAAAACCCGGCAACAAGCACAAGAGAUGGGUGAUCGACAGGCGAAGGGGGACAAAGAUGACGAGAAAAAGAAGAAAAAAGAACGCCGUCGUGUGAACGAAUCAUGUGGCAGUUGCCCAGAACGUUUCUUCGGCGUCAAGAAAACCAUUGUGACACAAGACUCCGACUCCACUGAAGUGGAGUCCUCAACUGAAGAGGAGGAACGUUGGAAGGAUAUUGCGCGCACUGCCGAAAUACCCGCCGAAUAUUAUAAUAUACAGAAGUUGAUAAAAUACAUUAAGGCUGGCAAUCAAACGGCGACCAUUGUAUCGCUUUGCUGUCUACGUGACUAUGAUUUGCGCACGCAAAUCAAUCAAAUGGCCGUACAGGAUAUAGGCGGUUUGGAGGUGUUAGUCAAUAUACUCGAAUGUAAUGAUUCGCAUUGUCGUCUGGGCUCACUUUAUGUGCUCGCUGAAAUCUCAUUAAAUAUUGAUAUACGUAAGACGAUCGUAGAUUUAGGUGGCAUCCCUCUAGUUGUGGAUAUUUUGAAUUCGCUCUCGAAGGAACUGAAAACAAUGGCUGCCGACACAUUGGCUAAUGUGUGUAAGGUGCGUUUAGCUCGGAAAUAUGUGCGCACCUGCGGUGGUAUACCGAUGCUCGUGGAUAUGCUGGAUGUGGGUUUGCGUAUUCUACAAACACCACUCGAGGAACUAAACACUGCGGACUUGGAAUGUUUAUAUAUGGCGCGCGCCGGCGCUCGUGCCUUGUGGUCCUUGUCGCUUUCCCGUCACAAUAAGGAGCUCAUGCGUAAGAGUGGUAUUGUACCGUUAAUGGCUCGUUUGCUCAAGUCGUGUCAUACCGAUGUUGUUAUACCCAUUAUGGGCACCAUUCAGGAAUGCGCUUCGCAGCCGAAAUUCCAAUUGGCCAUCACCACUGAAGGUAUGAUCGCCGAUAUCGUUACCCACUUACAUUCAGACAGUUUGGAUUUGAAGACCGAAGGAAGUACUGCGAUUUACAAGUGUGCUUUUGAUCAAACAACACGUGACUUGGUGCGCUCCGCCGGUGGUCUAGAGCCACUGGUCGCCAUAAUCAAAGACAAAAAUGUACGUGAUAAUAAAAAGUUGAUGACCGGCGCCGCGGGAGCCAUUUGGAUGAGCGCCGUUUCAGAGGCGAAUGUCAAGAAAUUAGAUACACUACGACUGAUCAAUCACCUCGUACCACUGCUGAACGAUGACUCUGAUGAUGUUAUCACCAAUGUGGUGGGCGCAAUUUCAGAAUGUGUACGCUUUCAGAAUAAUCGUGAGGUUUUGCGUGGCGCAGGCGGUUUGCCAGCUUUGGUAGCACUCUUGAACUCCUCGCAUCCACCGCUGCUGGUGAACUUGGCUAAGGCGUUAAAGGAGUGCGCCGAAGACAUUGAAAGUAUGCGUAUAUUGGAAGAUUUAGAUGCGGUGCGCUUGAUUUGGUCACUACUAAAGAAUACCGAUAAGAAUGUACAAGCAUACGCCGCUUACGCCAUUUGCCCGUGCGUACGGAAUGCACGUGAGUCCGGUGAAUUGGUACGUAGUUUGGUGGGCGCUAUGGAGUUGGUAGUGGAUUUGCUCAAGUCCACCGAUACGCAGGUCUUGUCUGCCGUCUGUGCUGCCAUAGCCACCAUAGCGAAGGACACUACUAAUCUGGCAAUAUUGACGGACCUUAAGGUGAUCUACAAACUGGCAGAUUUAGUAAAUACUAACGAAGACUUGUUGCGUGAAAAUUUGGCUGCUGCCAUUGCGAGUUGUGCCACAUUUGGCAAUAACACCCAGGAAUUGGGUCGUCUGCGCACUGUAACGCCCAUCGUCAGUUACUUAACGAGCAAUGAUCCGGCCGUACAUCGCACCACAGCCAUGGCUCUGGAGAAAUUAUCAAUGGAUCCACAAAACUGCAUUAUUAUGCACCAGAGUGGCGUUGUGCCCUUUUUACUCGAGUGUGUGGGUUCAAUUAACAAAGACACUCAAUUGGCUGCAGCCGGCUGUCUGCGCAAUAUCCGCGAACUGGCUUUGCGUGCCGAGGAGUAUCUGUUGAAGAUCGAUGAGGAAUAUUAAGUGAUUUGACCUCGGAUUUGGGAGUUUUUGUGGAAAACGGAUGUCUCAUGGGCAAUUUUAAUUAUUUAUUAAGCUAUUUGCUACACUAAUCUGUGCCUUGUAAAAGAGACGAGAUCUUCGCGAAUAAAUGGCAAUAAUUUAAAUUA